AUGGAAAGUGACGAGAAGGAUCAAGUGAAAGAACCGGCACCGUUCUCCUACAUGCGGGGAUCGGAUCCACGGGUGGCUACUUGUCGCGGUAAGCUGCAAAGCAAACGGUGCAAGUUAAACCAGGAAAUCAACAAGGAGCUACGCCUCCGAGCUGGUGCAGAAAACCUUUUCAAGGCCACCACAAACAAGAAGCUCAAGGACACGGUAGCGCUAGAGCUGAGCUUCGUCAACUCUAACCUGCAAUUGCUGAAAGAACAACUAUCAGAGCUGAACUCCUCCGUCGAGAUCUACCAGAGUGAAGGUCUCGACUACGUUAUACCGAUGAUACCGUUGGGGCUGAAGGAAACGAAGGAGGUCAACUUUAUGGAACCAUUCUCAGACUUUAUCCUGGAGCACUACAGCGAACCGUCACACAUCUAUGAGGAUGCAAUUGCGGACAUUACCGAUACAAGACAGGCCGCAAAAACACCAACCCGAGAUGCGCAAGGUGUAUCGCUACUGUUCCGCUACUACAACCUGCUGUACUAUGUCGAGCGACGCUUCUUUCCGCCGGAUCGUAGCUUGGGUGUGUAUUUCGAAUGGUACGAUUCACUGACAGGUGUGCCAUCGUGCCAGCGGACGGUUGCGUUUGAGAAGGCGUGCAUUCUGUUCAACCUGGCCGCGAUCUACACGCAGAUCGGUGCCAGGCAGGACCGGUCGUCGGAGAAGGGUCUGGAUGCGGCUGUAGAUAACUUUCUGCGAGCGGCCGGCGUUUUUCGACACAUCUUUGAUACGUUCACGAACGCACCCUCGAUGGAUUUGAAACCUCAGGUUUUGGAGGUGCUAGUCGCGCUAAUGCUCGCCCAAGCUCGCGAGUGUCUGUUUGAGAAGUUGCUGCUACAAGUGGAAAAUCUACCAGCCGGUAGAGACUGCAUGCAGAAUCAUCGUGAUUUAUCCGGUGAAGCGACUCAACUGGCACUGGAAUAUAGGGAAAUUCAUCAGAUAAUUCACAGCAACGAUGCCCAUACUUAUCUGCCCGAAUGUUGGGCCGGUCUGGUACCGCUCAAGUCCGAAUACUAUAAAGCACUGGCACACUAUCACGCUGCAAAGACGAAAACUGGAACCGGCAGCACGAGUGACGAAGGUACGCUUAUCAGCAACACCAGUACCAACAAUCGCUGCAAGCAACGUUACGGUCGUGGUCUCGAGCCAAAGGACACGUUCAUCUUCGACGAAACAUCGUUCGAAUCAGACCUGGACCCGACCGCCCUCAGGCGGGCUCACCUGCGUGAGUCAUUGUCUAGUCACGAGGAAGCACAACGGCUGCAGCGUAUGUGCCGCGAGCUGAAGAACAAAAUUGCCUUGUCGAAGGUGCUGAACUACGCGCACGAGCGCACGAGUGAGGAGCUGGAGGAGAUGGACCUGGACCGUAGUUGUACCGUUAGCUCGAACCUAUCGUCCGCACUGGACGAACCGGACCUGGACGUGCUGGACGUGACACUGAAUGCAACGUCCAAGUUUACGAUCUCGCUGACCGGGCCCGACUUUACCAUGCACAAAAUCGAGGAUCCGUUCCGGAAGCUCGGUCCGAUUGCGAUCUUCUCUGCCCGGCGCCACUGGACGGCACCGCGCAGCGUCCGGCUGCAGAAGGGUGGACCAUCGUUUAUGCUCGGCGGUGGCACGCUGGAUCGCCGACAGCCGUACCGGGAUAAGGUCAGUAUUGGGAAUAGUAGCAGCAGCCGAAGCAGCAGCAAUCAGCCGCAACGUAACCAGUCCGGCCGGUGCUGUGGCGAGUGUGCCAACAAGACAAACUACUACAACGAUAGCCGGGCGUGUGAGGUUUGCCUAAAGGAUGUGUGCAACGUGUCCGAGCGCGAGUUCCGGGAGCUGAAGCUGCAGGACAGUGAGCAACAGGCGCACAGUGCAGACAGUGAAGAUGGUAGGGAUAUUAGCAGCUUCGGGUUUAACGUACGGGGCGAUGCACCUGUCAUGAUAUCGACGGUGGAAAUCAAUUCCCUGGCAGAUCUUGGUGGCAUUAAGGAAGGUGACUUUAUCGUGGAGCUGUGCGGUGUCGACGUUAAAUGGUACACACUGCAGCAAGUACUGAAACUCAUUCGCAACUGUGAAAACAGUCUUGAACUGAAAGUCAUCACACCGAUGGAUCGAAACUAUCUAAAGCCCAUGGCGAUGAGUCACAGCAGCAAGGGUUCCAUCUCGACGCUGUCCGGCAGCUCGUCCGGUAUCUCAUCCGGAGCACCGUCCCCAACCGGCACCACGACGAAAUCAACCAAGACCCGCUCGAAGCUGGGCAAAACGCGCCUUAGUAGCUUUACCUCGGGCAACUGGAACCCGUUCCGGCGAACGCAAAGCUUGGGCAAGAUAUUCUAA